AUGGCUGGAAGCCAGAAGUUCGAGUCGUUCGAACCAGCAUCUGAGGACUGGGACUCUUACCUCUCUCGGUUUGAGUUCCAUCUGGAAACCCAUGAUAUUACAGACGAGGCCAAGAAGCGAGCUUGCCUCCUGAGUUCCUGUGGAAAAGGGACCUUCGACAUAGCCAGGUCGUUGGUGGCCCCAACGGAUAUGAAAACCGUUACUUACGCUGAUAUCACGAAGAAGCUGAAGGCACACUUUUCUCCACAGCCUUCAGAAAUAGCCUGCAGGCACGCUUUUUACAAGCGGAGCCAAGAAGCGACGGAGACCAUCGCUGAUUUUGUGGCGGCCCUGCGAAAGGCGGCGAGGCCGUGCAACUUCCCGGACGUGGAGGUCGCGCUCAGAGAUCGGCUCGUGUGUGGCCUGCGGGACGAGAGACUUCAACAACGCCUGUUCGCAAAGACCACCCUGACCUGGGCCGUGGCCUACGAGGAGGCUGUCGCGGCAGAAGCGGCAGACAAGUCAACGAAAGAAGUCCGGCAACGACUAGCGCAAGCAGAGCUGAAAGUGCACUCCCAGGCGCAAGAGGCGGACCCAACAGAAGACUGCAGCCAGCACGACCUGCUCCGGAUGUGGCGGGAAACACCCACGGGAGUCCUGCUGGGCACGAGAAUUGGAGUGCCGAGCAUGCGGACGACGGGGGCACAUAGCAAGGGUCUGCAGAUCGGCAAAGAGGAAGCCAGCGCAUUAGCGAGGGUCUGCUGGUCGGCCAAGAGGAAGCCAGCGCAAACCUCCCGUGACCAACAGCGAUCCCCAGCACACGAGUCCACACAACAGAUGACAGCCACUCUAACCAGCUCGUCAACAAUUCACCGCACCAGUGGGCCCGGAAAGAUCACCGUCACCCUGCUUCUGGAUGGCCAGCCCUGCACCCUGGAAGUGGACUCUGGAUCCCCAGUCACCAUCAUCUCGUCAAAAUCCUGGCAGCAACUGUUCCCAAACCGAAGCCGAAGGCGACUGAAGCAUGUGGACACGCGAGUCUCCGACUUCCAGGGGAGAAGGAUUCCAUUGGCCGGAAAGGACUCCGUGCUCGUUGAGUAUAUGGGAAAAUGUGUUGAAUUAUCGUUUAUAGUUGCUGAAGGGGAUCGUGUUAAUCUAUUGGGGUUGGACUGGUUUAAACCAUUGGGCAUUGGGCUGUAUGGGGUAAAUAAGCUUCAGGAGAAUAAAUGGGACACCCUGUACGAGCAGUUUCCCGCAGUUUUUGGAGAGGGACUGGGAAAGUAUAAUGGGCCCCCUAUCUCGUUUGAAUUAGACCCUAAGGUAACCCCCAUCAGGUUAAAGUACAGGAAGGUGCCCAUUCCAAUACGGCCCAAGGUGGAAAAAGAGCUAGAUAAGCUCAUUGAGUAGGGGGUCCUGGAACCAGUGCCUCACAGUAAAUGGGAGACUCCCAUUGUAACGCCAGUAAAGCCCGACGGGUCCAUAUGGAUAUGUGCCGACUAUAAGUGCACUAUAAAUAAGGCCCUACAGCAGCACUCUUAUCCUGUGCCAGUAAUAAGCCACGUCCUGGUUUCUCUGGGGGGCGGCAAGAUUUUUGCGAAGCUUGAUUUAGCUCAAGCGUAUCAGCAGUUGCCUGUUACGGCGGAGGCGGCUGAGGCCCAGACAAUCGUGACACAUAGGGGUGCGUUUAAAGUUAACAGACUCCAAUUCGGAGUCAAUGUGGCCCCUGGAUUAUUCCAAAGUUUAAUGGAAAGACUUUUGAGGGGGGUGCCGGGCACAGUGCCCUAUUUUGAUGAUGUUCUAAUUGCAGGAAAAACCGAGCAGGAGCUACUGGACAGAGUUACUGAGGUCCUGAAUCGUUUUAAAAAUGCUGGGUUAAAGGUGAAACGCUCUAAAUGCACAAUGGGCGUGGAUAGUGUUGAAUUCCUGGGUUUCCGCAUAGACGCGGAAGGGGUUCAUCCCACAUGCGAAAAGACGGAAGCCAUUAAGAAGGCUCCUAGGCCCGACGCAAAGUGGACAUGGGGUCAAGCCGAGGAGGAGGAGUUCUCAGGAGUGAAGGCACUGUUAACAUCCAACGCCGUUUUGACUCAUUAUGACGAGCAAAAACUCCUGAUCCUGGCUGCCGACGCUUCGCCUUUUGGAAUAGGCGCUGUUUUGAGCCAUCUGAUGCCGAAUGGAAGCGAAGCGCCUAUCGCUUUCUAUUCAAGGUCUCUGUCUGCGGCAGAAAGGAACUAUGCCCAGAUAGACAAGGAAGGUCUGGCAUUGGUAGCGGCUGUCAAAAAGUUCCACGAUUUUGUUUUUGGCAGGAAAUUUGUGUUGGUCACAGACCAUAAGCCGCUAUUGGGGAUUUUCGCGCCCGAUAAGCAACUGCCUAACAUCAUGUCUGCUAGAAUGCUUAGGUGGGCGCUGUUUUUACAGGCAUACGAUUUUGAUCUGGAACACCGGCCGGGUAAGGCCAUAGGGCAUGCUGACGCGAGGGGGUGGCCGAUGGGCAACAUGGAACCCGAGUUCCAGCCAUACAAGACACGCCAAGCAGAAUUAUCUGUAUCAAAGGGAUGCAUACUUUGGGGAAACAGGGUCGUAGUUCCAGAGAACCUCAGACACAGGGUUUUGCAAUCCUUACAUGAUGGGCACCCGGGAAUGGUUCAAAUGAAGGCCUUAGCCAGAGGUUAUGUUUGGUGGCCCAGGAUAGACCAAGCUAUCAAGGAAUGGGUGCGAGUUUGCACCCAGUGCCAGCAGGACAGGCCAAAUCCCCCUGCAGCCCCACCACAGAAAUGGGAGUCAUCAGGGAAGCCUUGGUCAAGACUUCAUAUGGAUUUCGCUGGCCCGGUACAGGGGGAAAUGUUUUUAAUCAUUGUUGACGCCUGGUUGAAAUGGUUAGAGGUGGUGCACAUGCGCACAACUACAUCCACCGCUGUCGUUAAGGUCCUCCGCAGGCUAUUCACAACCCAUGGGUUGCCAGACACGCUCGUCAGCGAUAACGGGCCACAAUUUGUAUCAGAAGAAUUUAAGAAAUUCCUACAGGAUAAUGGCAUUCGCCAACUUACAGCUGCCCCUUUUCACCCCGCUUCAAAUGGCCAGGCGGAGCGUAUGGUACAAACGGCAAAAGAGGCAUUGGGAAGACUAACUGAGGGGGAUUGGAGCGUCCGGCUUGCGUCGUUCCUCCUGCGCCAGCAUACCACUACCUGUAGCUCAACUGGCCGUAGCCCAGCCGAGCUACUCAUGGGCCAGAGGUAA